AUGAUUUCACGUUCAAAUGUGUUCCAAACUUUGGUUCAGCGUUUAGGACCACUGUUUUCAAAAUUGAUUACAAAAUUCACGAAUUUUCCAGCAAUGUCUUCCAAUUCAUCUACUUCUGCUAAUAAUACUUUAAAAGAUAGUUCCAAGUUAGAAUUGCUCACUGCCCUUAGGUCGCUCGAAUCAUAUGCUAUAAAUACUAAAAAGACCAACGACAGAAGGCGUAAACUAUUCAAGUUAAUGACAUGGAGACAACAGAAAUUGUGUGAAGACGUCGGCUAUUUGCAGAAGUUGAAGAGAAUCGAUGUUUCGGUUCAGAUGAACCAGUUCUUUCUCAAGGCUGUAUCUAAGCACUCUUUCGAAACAUUUGGCUUGUCUUUUCAGGACUAUCACCUACUCAAGGAUCAUGACAGUCCGACCCAGACUUCGUCUUCUAACUAUCGUGUUAUCGAGUCCCUUGGCCAUUUUACUCGUGACUGGACAGCAGAAGGAGAAGUUGAGAUAAAACCAGUAUGGGACUAUGUUAGAACUCAGGUAGAUAAGUUGGUCAAGCCUCAGGAUAGAGCUAAAACAUGUGUUGUAGUUCCAGGCUCAGGUUUAGGUCGUAUAGCCCAUGAAUUAGCGUCUUAUGGUUCUGAAACAGAAAGAUUUGGUGCUGUUCACGCUAUAGAAUACUCGGGACUUAUGCAUAUCUGUAAUAGAUUCAUGUAUUCUUCGCCUGAAAAUAGUUCUCAAUCUAAGAACUAUGAAAUCUAUCCAUAUGUCCAUAGCUGUUCCAACUUUUACGAUUCUCAAUCCCAGUUUAAGUCUCUGCACUUUUCUACGAUGAACCAGCCAAAGAAUUUGCACUUGAAUCAUGAAGAUUUCCGCUACUUUAGUUUACAAAAUAACUACGAGAAUAUUGUCGUGGUUUCAGUCUUCUUCAUGGACACGGCAGAGAAUUUAGUAGACUACAUGGAUGCCAUCCAAAGUCUCACUGUUCCAAGCAAGAAGAACGGAGUCAAGAACGGCUACUGGAUCAACGUAGGACCCUUGAAGUACGGAAGUGCAGCUCAAGUAGAAUUGAAUGCUGACGAGUUUGCCUUGCUUAGAAAGGGCAUGGGCUGGAAAGACGUCGAUAACGUGAAAACUGUACAAGAACCAAACAAAUAUGGCGAGAAUGGUUUGGUUGGAUAUAUUACCCAUCGCGAAAGUAUGUGGCAGGGGUACUAUGGCUUGAACAUGUAUACCAGUGUCCGAAGCGAAAACACUUGUAAAUAG